CACCCUCGUACUCCUAGAGACUUGAGGAUGUCGAGGAACCUUGAGGGGUUGAUUACAGGAAACACCAAGCUUCCAGCUUUCUUUUCCGUAUCUGGCGUCGUCGAGAUACCCAUGAACCGCAUGACUGAAUGGAUUGACCAUGGCCCACGUUUGCAAUUGAACUGAGAUUCCACGCCUAAUUCCUCCGUCAUUGCUGCCUGGAGCCAUCUCCUGAGGGUGGAAAUGACAGCGCGUCGCAGUCCCGAUAAGACACUGAGCUCCGCGUUGUUGCUUGUCGCAAACGCUCUGAUUCCCGCCGCGAUUCUAAUCUUCGCCACGGGCUUCUUUCCGUACAAACCGCUGCUUCCCGGUCUGGCCAGCUAUGAUUCCGUGACCGAGUAUGGCGAUCCUCCGGCCGCGCCGUUCGACAAGCUCGUCUUUAUGGUCGUUGACGCUCUGCGAAGUGACUUUGUGUAUACGGCAGAGAGCGGCUUCGAGUUCACGCAAUCGCUCAUCCUCAAUGGUUCCGCUCUCCCCUUUACGGCGCACGCCACCUCUCCAACUGUCACGAUGCCGCGGCUGAAGGCCAUCACUACUGGCUCGAUUCCGUCGUUUCUCGACGUCGUCCUCAACCUGGACGAGGCGGACGAGAGCUCGAGCUUGGCAUCCCAGGAUACAUGGCUGGCACAGAUGAAGGCCAAAGGCACGGGAAAGCUGGUCAUGUACGGGGAUGACACGUGGCUCAAGCUGUUUCCGGGCACAUUCGAUCGAGUCGAUGGUACGACGAGCUUUUUUGUCUCGGACUUCACCGAGGUGGACAACAACGUUACGCGCCAUGUCCCGGACGAGCUCGGGAGAGAUGAUUGGAACACCAUGGUCCUGCACUAUCUCGGCUUGGAUCACAUUGGCCACAAGGGAGGGCCGAAGAGCCCGCACAUGGUUGUGAAGCAGCGGGAGAUGGAUGCGGUCAUAAGACAGAUCUACACGGCCAUCGAGUCGGAAGACCAUCUGCGGUCGACGCUAUUUGUGGUCUGUGGUGACCACGGCAUGAACGACGCCGGCAACCACGGCGCCUCAUCGGCCGGAGAGACCUCCCCAGCCCUGGUAUUCAUGUCGCCAAAGCUUCGAGACCUCGGGGCUCACCUGCAGUCGCCCUUGCCGCAGGACGAGAGCUUCCAGUAUUACAGCACUGUUGAGCAGUCUGAUCUCGCCCCAACGCUCGCCGCUCUCCUGGGCUUCCCUGUGCCCAAGAAUAACCUGGGAGCGCUCAUCCCCGAGUUCCUGCCAUUCUGGGCAAGCAAGAGGGACCAAGUUCAAUUGCUGAUGCGCAAUGCCCGGCAGAUUCUGGACAUCGUUCUGGCAGUGUUUGGCCAGGAGAUCCUCGAGCCAGACUCAGGCACGGGCGGGCUCACGGAAUCCAGGGCUGAUUAUCAGGGAUUGGCACAUGGCUGGAAGGAACUGGCUGACAGCUACGUCAAGCACGCUGAAGAUGAUCACUCUGCAUUGGUAUCGUCCAUCACUCAGUGGCUCCGAAACGCCCAAGGAAUUCUCAGUAGCAUGGCCAGCAACUAUGACAUGCACAGGCUUAUGCUAGGACAAACCGCUGCAGUUGUGGCUUCCGUAGCUGCAGUCGUUGCUGCGGCGCGGGGUGCCAGAGAUAGAGCCGCGUCCCUCGGCCCCCUUUCCGCCAUCCUCCUCGCGUACGGGGUGAUGAUGUUCGCCAGCAGCUACGUCGAAGAAGAGCACCACUUCUGGUACUGGGCGACGACGGCGUGGUUUGUUCAUCUGGGCCUAAAGGGAUUCAAGCACGGCAACAAACCCGUAUUCCUCCAGAUUUUCUCCACCACAGCCAUGCUCCUCGCCACGCGCAUCAUCAGGAGCUGGAACCAGACGGGCCAGAAGUUUGCCGGCGAGCCGGACAUCGCCAAGACCUUCCUCCACACCAAUCCCAUCCUGCUCUGGGGCCUCAUCGGCGCGACGUACUUGUGGGUGCACCAGAACCUGAUCUACGGCCUUAGCGGCCUGCCCAUCUGGCUCAGCUUCGCCGCCGCAACCGGCCUGGGCCUGGCGGCCUUCACCUUCAAGGUGGCUUUCACGCUGGAGGACGCGCCGGAACUCGUGACCGAGUUCGCCCGCCGCUCGCUCGACCUGAACUUCACGCAGGGCGCCUCCCUCGUCGCCCGCGCCCGCGCCGUCUUCAUGGGCAUUGCCUUGCUCGCGGGGCUAACCACCCUCUUCAUCCUCACGCGCCGGCGCAUCUCCUUGACCGAGAGCGGCGUAGCCACGCUCACAACCCUCUACACCCUCCUUGCGCUCACCCAGUCCCGGCCCACCAACAUCCCCCUCUACCUGCUCUUCAACCUCCAGUACCGCAUCCUCUCGUCUGUCCAGCUCGAUUUCCUGUCUCCCGUCGAAGUGAGCACCACCUGCCUCCUGCUGCAGCACGCUUCCUUCUUCGCAUCGGGCGGCUCCAACUCGAUCGCCUCGGUGGACCUCUCCAGCGCGUACAACGGUAUUGCGUCGUUCGAUGUCGCUGCCGUCGGGGUGUUGACUUUCGUGGGGAACUGGGCGGCGCCGAUCUGGUGGAGCCUGGCCAACGUCGCGUUGCUUGUGAGGAAGAGACGGGAGAUGGCAAUGGCGGUUGCUGAUAAGAAGGGGGAGGGGGAGGCUAACCUGUGGAAGCAUCAUGUGGCGGUUCUGACCGUGUUUGUGGCGGGGAGCGUGGCGGCUGUCAUGGCUGCCUGUACGCUGCUGCGGACGCAUUUGUUCAUCUGGACGGUGUUUUCGCCAAAGUAUCUGUACAGUGUUGCGUGGAGUCUGGGGCAGCAUAUGGUGGUGAAUAUUGGGCUGGGCGGGCUGGUUUAUUGGUUGGGGACGGUGGAGGAAAGGAGGAAAUGAGUAAAGGGAUGGAUAACUUAAACACACACAUGGAUGUUGUUAUGGUGUAAUCUGUAAAUAUAUGUUGAUUGUACGGAAGAGCGCAACGAGGCAAAGCAUGGCAUUGACGUCGUGGAGUCGUGGAAAGGACCUAUUCAUACCCAGGCAGACGUAACAAAACCAAGAUAACCCCCCCA